AUGAAAGUGUUCAUAAGUUAAUAGAGUAAUAUAGAGUUUAAUUUAUUAUCAGGGGACAGAUUUAGUCUUAGGCACAAAUAUAUUUUAUUAUAUAUUUAGAUUUAUAUAUUUUUAUAUUAUAAAUCUAGCAGUAGUUACCGAUAAGAGAAGGUUACUGUAUGGUGUGUAUUAGGUGUAAAUAACGCCGAGUGAGGAUAAUAAGGCUAAGCUAAGUGCUCUCUCUCUCUCACACACACACACACAGUGAGGUAUAGACUGGGGCUGACUUUCAGCUCCCGGGGUUAUAGAGCGUGUGUGUGUGUGUGUGUGUGUGUGUGUGUACCAUGCCGGUGGUGCUGUGUGGAGGUGUAGCGGUACAGUGGAGAUGAAUCCCCCCUCAGUCAGGCGCAGACACGGGGAUGUGAGAGCCGGAGCCUCCCGGGGUAAACACGGCACUGUCAGUCUGUCCCUGUCCCCGUCUCUGUCUCCAUCAGGAGGACCGGACACAAGUCCUGAGACAGCCAGAGGCACAGGGAGGAGUAACGAAGCUCAGUGUGACUCGUCAUCAGAUGAUGAAGCAGAGAAGACCCUCAUCAUCACCGUCGACAACAAGCAGAGCUGCCCUCGGCAAAGCGGGAAAGCUAAAGGAGGCGUGAAGAGGAAGCGAGAGACAAGUGAUGAAGCAGGACCCCGGAGUCAGGAUGAACUCCAGCCAGAGGUCGAGAUCGACCAGGAGCUGGACAGGGAGCUGGAGAACAAGUCACGGCAGCAUAACCUGACCUCAGCCAACGUGCGCAAUAUCAUACACGAGGUGAUCACUAACGAGCACGUCGUGGCGAUGAUGAAAGCCGCCAUCAACGAGACCGAACCUGUUCCUGUGUUUGAGCCGAAGAUGACGCGGUCCAAACUGAAGGAGGUGGUGGAGAAAGGAGUGGUUAUUCCCACCUGGAACAUCUCACCGAUCAAGAAGGCGAGCAAGUUAAAGGCUCCGCAGUUUGUGGACAUUCCUUUAGAGGACGAGGACUCGUCUGAUGAAGAGUAUCACCCCGAUGAAGAGGAGGAGGACGAGACGGCAGAGGAGACACUUUUGGAAAGUGAUUUGGAGAGCACAGCAUCGUCACCACGCGGCACACGAUUAAACCUCAACAGAUCCUUCAGCGAAUAUGAUGCGGAAAACAGCUGCAGCCCCAGACAGAGUUCGCGCAGGUCAUUGCAGAAGCGCAUGGCGGUUGUGCCCAUGGGCCCCCCUCCCCCCCCGCAGGGCCCCGAGCCCCCGAGAGCCCAGACAGAGUGCAGCUUCAUGGAGAAACUCCACGCGGUGGACGAGGAGCUGGCCAUCGGCUCGGACUGCAUGGACUCCUACCAGUCUCUUACCAGUAGUGGAGUGGUCGGUGAAGAGAGCCUGAUGGCCUUCCGCACCCGUUCCAAGCGGCCCCUGAGAGACGUGCCUCUGGGUCGCUUAGAGGCGGAGCUUCGCGCUCCUGACAUCACUCCGGAUAUGUACGAGUUUGGCUCCGCCCCGGAAGACAGAGAGUGGACGUACUGGCUGCAGGGCCUCAUGAACUCGGACGUGGAGAACGAAGAGGAGGGCGAUGAUGAAGAUGAUCCGGAGUACAACUUCCUGGCCGACAUCGAUGAGCCGGACGUGGAAGAUUACCGGAACGACAAGGCCGUGCGCAUCACCAAGAAGGAAGUCAAUGACCUGAUGGAGGAGCUGUUCGACACUUUUCAGGAUGAAUUAGGAGGUCAGGACGAAGAAGGUCAUGAGGAGGAAGAGGAAAAGGAGGACGAAGACAAUCUCCAUCAAGAGCUACCCAGCAUUCUGGAAAGGAUUCAGUAUGAGGACCCUUUGGCGGACAUCCUGAACCAGCGCUACCGCACAGUGAAGGAGCAGCUGGACGCGAUCCGCAAGCGCAAGGCUCUGUUAGAGAGUAAAGGCGUGUCCAUUCCGGCUAAGCGGCCCAGCAUCUCCGCCGCUUUGUCUCUAAGCCCCACCCAGAAGCUCCGCCUCCAGCAGCACAUGCAACAGCAUGUGCAGCUCCUGACUCAGGUGAACAUGCUGAGCAGGUCAGUGGACGCUCUUCAGACUGAGGCCUACACAGCACGACAGUUCCUGUCAGAGCUGCAGUUCUUCGCGCAGCAGGCAGAGCAGGCGCAGCAGGUCAAGGAUCCUGGGUUCGUCAGCGUCUUCAGGGCCUGUAACCUUCAGGCUGCCGUGACUCUCCUUGAGGAAUUGGAUCAGUCUCCUAAAUCUGACUCUCAGGACCCUUGUCCGGUGUUCCCAGGCUCUCAGAUUCCAGCUGAUUUAGCCUGGUUGAUGGUGACGCGUCCGGUGUUCCUCUACCCGCAGCUACUCCCCGUGGUCAGAGUGCGUCCGUUCAGCCAGAAAGGGCCGUUUACGUCCGCAGAAAACUGUCUGGUGAUUUUAGGCCAUCAGCACCUAAAGGGCACGGUGAAUCCUCUGAAACUCACCUGCCAGUAUCUGCUCGCGGCGAGAAACGUCAUCUGCCUGAGAAUGUACGUCCGCUCGGCGUGUCAGAAACAACGGCCCAACUUCCUGAAGAGCUACUUUCUAGAAGGAAAAUGUCCCCUCAUGCCUUUGGCCUGUGAGAAAGUCAGUCCCAGUGAUCAGCGCCCCCCAGUGGAAAGAGAGACGCGCCUCAUGCCUCGCUGGCUUUCUGAAAAUCUUAAACUGAUCCACAGGGAAGUGCAAAACUACAAUCUUCAGCUUUCUGAUCUUCAACAGGACCAACCCGAUCCGUCCUCUCCACUCCUCAGCUUCGCCCCAGGUACGCGCUAUCCCCCUACCCUCCCCGACUCCCUCGCCCUCGCUCUUAAACCACGGCCUAGAAAAAAGCCGUCGCGUGCUCCCAUUUCUCGGCCCAAACCCCAACCCAGACCACCGCCAUCAGUCACCGACGUGGAGAAAGCUCUAAGUCGUCUACCACCUCUUCUGCCCAAGUGCGUCACGCAGAACGUUCAGCCCGGUCAGAACGUUAACUCCGGGUCCGAGAUGCAGAAAAAAAUCAAAUGUAGAAAUAAGUCUGCUGGGAAGACCAGAGUGGACGCAAAUAACGUUAGAAAUUCAUCUCAGAGAAACGAAGGAAAGCUCAUUAUAACUUUACCCACGGUGCCAGUAACGUCCAGCGGAGAAGUGUCUAGUGUUCCGAGCCAAGGAACUGUGAUCAUGACUUUACCUACCGCGCUCUUAUAUCCUACCCAAGUGUCCCAGACACCUUCAUCCUUUACCCCAGUGGUUAAAGAACACAUGAGUCAGCGCUGUGGGACUUUACUCAAGCUGAGCAUGGGACAGAGACCCAAUCCGAACCCUCUGUCCGUAUCGUCUUCGUUUCUCCUACUGCCUUCAGGCUCUGUAGUUACAAACAGUGCUGAUGUGAACCCUGAGCUUCAGGGUACUUUAGGCAACUUUCCAGAAAGCACAGAGGCAAGUAGAAAUCUUCCAGAUGGCCAUGACGUCCAGGAAAGCGAGACGACGAAUACGCAAGCUCUCAAGGACCUCGAGCACGAGCACGGAGAUGAAGAAUGCAGAGAUCCGUUUCUCACCUUGUCAGAAUCUUCUGGUAGUCCAGGUCCAAGUUUGUCUGGGGAAGAUGAAGCAAUGGAGAGCAGGAUGGACAUGGACAUGGAAGAUAUAGAGGGACAGAGGCAAACGUUAUUGUCUACAGGAGAGAGGGAAUGUGCAGGGAUGCAGGAGGAGGAGUCAGGAAGGUCUUUCCAAAAGCUUCAGGAGGCAAUGAAGAAAUUGUCAAAGCUGGCAUCAGAUCCUGAAGAAAGAAGAGACAAAAGGACAGCUGCAGGAGAGGAAAUCCCAGAGUUUCUUCUACAUGAUGAUCUACCUGACAACGAUCCUCAGAGAGACGUCAAAGACGUCGCCUUUGCACAAGCUUAUUUAGAGAAGGUGUCCGAGGCUCUGCAGGCGGUGCCGGGGAAGGUGGAGGAGUUCCUGAGCGUGCUGUUUGAGUUUGAGCGUCAUCCCGAGGGAAGGACCGCAGUGGAGCUCUUCGCGAGACUCAAACCCAUACUGCACAACCACCCCGAGCUGCUGCGGGACUUCGCCGCCUUUCUACACCCCGAACAAGCCCAGGAGUGCGGCCUGCUGGAGGAGCAGCGGGCGUUUGAGAGGAGCCGGAGGUUCCUGCGGCAGCUGGAGCGCAGUUUCGGGGAGAACUCCAUGCGCUACAGGAGGGUAGUGCGCACUCUUCAGCAGGGGCUACCCAAAACUCACAGGGGCUCAGAGGAGAUGAAGGCCCAGAUAGCUCUGGUCUUUCGUGACCACGCCCACUUGCUGAAGGAGUUCUGGGCGUUUUACGAGCAGCUCCACUCCUCAGUGCGGCGCGAUGAAGAUGAGGAAGAGGACGAGGUGGAGGCCGACAGCGUGUCCGGUGCUCAAGUGGUGCAAAGCGUGGAGCAAAGUCAGGCAGAACAUAAACAAAAUCACGUGCAGAGUGCUGAUGUAAUAAACACAAAUACAGAGAGCUGUAGUGCAGGAAUGAUGGAUGAGCAGAGCGGAGAAGAAGAUCCACAGGCCCACCUCAGAGCCAGGAACUGUUCACGCAUGCCAAGCGGAGAGAAAGUGGUGCUCUGGACAAGAGAGGCAGAUCGUGUGAUACUCACUACCUGUCAGCAGAGCGGAGCGGGUCCAAGCACUUUCACCUCUAUUGCUGCUCGGCUUGGGAACAAAACAGCCACGGAGGUUGCCGCACGCUACCAGGACCUCAUAAAACUGUUCCGCAAAUCCACCAAGCAGCGCAUCACAGCACCUUCGGACACCUCGGGCCAGUUCCACCCGACUGAUGAGAAACUAGACUAGUGCAUGCUCACACUUUAUGGCAGAUAUCCGUUUGGAUUCAUACUGAUCAAAACCCCAACUCCUGAGUCAGAUGAGCUGGUCUUAAGGAAGGAGAACGCGGUUAGGUUUUGAUGUUUUCUCUUAAGUGUAUGUUUCAAUAUGCUGAGUUUAAAUAUCGAUCUAUAUGUAGGAAGUGACUACUGAAAUUGUACUUGAAAAAAGUGCUAGAAUUAAUAUUGUGUUUCAAAAAUGACCGUGCUUAUUCACUUUUGGAAUAAAUGUGAACAGCGGAAAGUGAUAUAGUUGGCAUACAUAACUGUAAAACUUUGAAAACUCUUGGACAACUUGGAAGUGUUUUGUUAAAAACAAGGACAUUGUUUUUAACAAAUGUUACAAUUGAAUUUUGGUAGUGCUGCUGAGAGACGUUUUUCUCCCUCCAGGAUCUUCAGUCCAUUAGUGAUUUGGAUCUGUGCUGAAAGACUGAAAAUGAACUGAAAUUUAUUUUUAUUUGUAUAAUCAGUAUUAAAGUCACAUGGUGGCGUAGUGGUUAGCACUGUGCAGUCUGGCACUUUCAGUGACCGGGUUCGAUUUCCCGCCUCCGGGGCUGUGUGCAUGGAGUUUGCAUGUUCUCCCCGUGUUGGUGGGUUUCCUCCAGGUACUCCGGUUUCCUCCCACAGUCCAGAGACAUGCCGAUUAGGAUAAUCAUCAGUAAUGUAUCAUUGGAUUGGUACCCCGUCUCAAGCCCUGUAUACAGGAUAAAGUGGUAUAGAUAAUGAUAAGUGGGUGAUUUCGACAAAAACAUGCACAACACUGACUGAAAAUAUAUAUAUAAAAAAAAUUCGCAUUUGUAAGAUUUUUUUUUUUUUCUUUUUGUCAGCCUUCAUGUUUUCUACUGAAUUUUCCAUGUGGUGCUUUUUCAUUCAAAGAAACAUGCCAAUAAAAAUGAAUAAAACAG